CCUCGCUCAGUUGACUGGUGUGCCCUGAGCGGGUGGGUAGCAUUGUUUUGUAAGGUUGCUUGGUUCCUUCAGACUCGGUGAUUCCUUGAAGAUCUGCAGAGUUUCUUCCAAGUUUCCCUUUUGGUCGCCCGCUGAAAGGGAAAAGACUCAUCGAGCGCUAUGUAAAGUGAAUUCGCUCUAAUUAGUGCCGAAUUACACUAUCUUAAGUGAUGAAUAAUCUUUCUCAUAGCAGAUAGAUCUAUCUAGUGAAUGAGAUUCCAGUGCGUUUAGUGAAAUCUGUGUUGUGUGAAUUGAGUUUGAUUUUCUUGAAAGGAGGGAAUGUAAAUGCAAGGAAGUAGUGCAUGCUAAGAGUGAGUCAGAUCAGAUUGCAAGUAUCUGACUUGAGUUGCAUCUUCGUGGUACGUGCAUUCGGAUUAUGGCAGAUUUUGGGAAGACUCUGAAGUUUACAUAUGGUGCAGUGCAGUGUUUACUUUUUUUGUGAGGCAUCCAUUCGGCCGACUACCUAUAGUUUUCAUAGCAGGCACUGUUGCCAAAUUUGACCGAAGAAUCUAUCUUUCUUACGGAAAGAUAUCCUAAUGUUAAAACAAUCGGUUGGUGUAGAUUCAGUUUAUUGACCAGAAAUUUGGAUAUUAUCACUCAUAGAGGAUUAUAUAUUUUGCUCCAGUGUUCCAGUAAACUCACAGAUUCGUGAAAUGUUCAAAUUACGCCCAGCAACUUUAACUUUAUUUAUUAUUAUUUUUAUAUUAGUCCAAGAUCUAUCUUUAAGCAAUGCACAACACCGCCCCAACCCCCAAUCUCGAGGAAGGCGACCUGUUCAAAGAGCUCGCCGCCCACAACAGAGGGUCCAUCCAUGUGAACAGAGUUCAUGUUAUCCGGCCACGGGAAAUCUGCUGAUCGGACGUGAAAAUCGCCUUACAGCCUCAUCGACAUGUGGCAUACGUGGACCGGAAAGAUUCUGUAUCGUUUCACAUCUUGAGGAGAAGAAAUGCUUCUUGUGCGAUACAAGACGAGAAACAGAAAAUGACCCAAUGUUGAAUCAUCGAAUUGGACAGAUUAUUUAUCCAACUCAGCCUGGGACUCGCAUCCCAACAUGGUGGCAAUCUGAAAACGGAAAACAAAAUGUCACCAUCCAGCUCGAUUUAGAAGCUGAAUUCCAUUUUACUCACAUGUUCAUUGUUUUCGCAACAUUCCGACCGGCUGCUAUGCUUAUUGAACGUUCCUUUGAUUUCGGCAAGACAUGGCAUAUCUACAAGUACUUCGCUCACGAUUGUGAUAAAUCUUUCCCACAUGCGCCACUGGUUAUUCAAAAUAUCACCGAUGUAGUUUGCGACCAUCGCUAUUCAAACGUGGAACCAUCGAAGGAUGGCGAAGUUAUUUUUAGGGUUCUACCGCCCAAUAUCAAGAUCGAGAAUCCCUACGCUCCGCAUAUACAGAAUAUGCUGAAGAUGACCAACUUGAGAGUGAAUUUCACCAAAUUACACAACCUGGGCGAUACUCUGUUGGAUGACCGCGAGGAGAUCCAGGAGAAGUAUUACUAUGCCAUAAGCAAGAUGGUCGUGAGAGGGUCAUGUUCCUGCUAUGGACACGCUUCACGAUGCUUACCGCUUGACGGAGUGGCUAAUGUGGUAGAUAUGGUCCAUGGAAAAUGUGAAUGUACACAUAAUACCAAGGGCUUGAACUGUGAGGAGUGUGAGGACUUCUACAACGAUCUACCAUGGAAGCCAGCUUUGGGAAAACAGACGAACGCUUGCAAGAAAUGUACAUGCAACAACCAUGCGACAAGUUGUCACUUCGAUCAAGCUGUCUACGAGCACUCGGGACGAGUGAGUGGAGGAGUGUGUGAUAACUGCCAGCACAAUACUGUCGGGCAACAUUGCGAGGAGUGUAUCCAGUUCUUCUAUCGCGACCCUCUUGAGGAUCUUCAGAGCCCUCAUGUUUGUAAACCAUGCGACUGUGAUCCUAGCGGCUCUCUGGACGAUGGAAUCUGCGACUCUGUAAAUGAUCCUGCAAAUGGCAUCGAAGCCGGGGCAUGCCACUGCAAAGCAAACGUCAAAGGACGUCGCUGCGAUACGUGUAAGGACGGCUUUUGGAACUUGGACGAGAGGAAUCCCCUUGGUUGCUCCAAUUGUACUUGCCACACUCUUGGAACUAUUUUCAAUUCCGGGUGCAAUAUGUACACGGGCGAAUGUACUUGUAAACGCCUUGUGACGGGCAAGGACUGUAACGAAUGUAUGCCUGAAACGUAUGGAUUGUCCGAUAGUCAGGAUGGCUGUUCACUAUGUAAUUGUGAUCCUGGUGGUUCGUUGGAUAAUUUCUGCGAUGUGAUUACGGGUCAGUGUAGAUGUCGUUCGCAUAUGACUGGAAGAACGUGCGAUACUCCAUUACAAAACUAUUUCAUUCCAUCCUUGCACAAUGUCUAUGAAGCUGAAAUUCCAAGGAUUACUGAGUGUAUCAGCCGAUCUUACGGAAAUUGCAGCAUUGUCCUUCAAGAGCUCCCAACUGAUCGUCCACCACAGUGGACCGGUCCAGGUUACGAACGUGUUCCCGAGAAAACUGAACUUCAAAUUCAAGUAGAUGGAGUCCCGCGAACGAUGACCUAUGAUGUAGUUGUACGUUAUCUGACACAAACUCGUGGUAAUUGGGAAGAUGCCCGAAUUACUUUAGAACGUCCAGAGGGAUACGAUCCCGAAGGACCUUGCGCCAAUUCACAUCCUUCAUACGAACAACAAAUUCCAUUCAGUCUGCCUGAGAACGACAAUAAAGUGGUAGCCCUACAUGAUAUCUGCUUGGAGGAAAAUAAAGUGUACAAAUUCAAAAUACAUUUCGAACGACAUAGAAACUCUGAGGAUAAUCCAGCAGCGCAGAUCCUUAUAGAUUCGUUGUCUUUAGUGCCGCAUAUCGAAGCUACUCCUAUUUUCUCCGGAUCACCUCCAUCUGAAAAUCGACGCAGGGAGUAUGUUCGUUACGGAUGCAACCAGACCUACUACGAUUUGAACUAUGACAAGAGCUCGCAUCCGGAGUGUAAGGAUUUCUUCAAUAUUGUCAGUAUCUACGUUUUUGAUGGAGCGUCAUCUUGCGAAUGCGAUGCUACUGGUUCGCUCAGCAAACAAUGUGAGCAGUUUGGAGGAAUGUGCCAAUGCAAACCUAAUGUUGUGGGACGGAGAUGCGACCGAUGUGCUCCAGGAACCUAUGGUUUCGGCCCUGAAGGCUGCAAAGCCUGCGACUGUAACAGCAUUGGGGCUCGUGAUAACGACUGCGACCUAAUCACAGGUCAAUGUAACUGCCAUCCAAACACCUAUGGUCGUGAGUGUGACGAAUGUCAGCCAGGAUUCUGGAACUUCCCGAAUUGCCAAAUGUGCUACUGUAAUGGUCACACACAAAAUUGCGAUCCUCGCACAGGGGAAUGUCUAUCCUGUUCGGACUACACUACGGGAUUCUAUUGCGAGAAAUGUAUUGCAGGAUACUAUGGAGAUCCACAGCUGGGAAGCGAAAUAGGCUGCAGACCUUGUCGUUGUCCUGGCACCUUUAAUACUUCACACGUCUAUGCAACCAGCUGUGAUUUGGAUGUACGCACAAACGAUAUGGUGUGUUACUGUAAUGAAGGAUAUUCUGGUCCUCGGUGCGACGUAUGUGCCGAUAAUUACUAUGGACUUCCAUCUGUACCUGGUAACGCUUGUUGGAAAUGUGAGUGCAAUGGAAAUACCGAUGAACGAGAUACUGGCAAUUGUCACUCAGAGACAGGAGAAUGUUUAAAAUGCUUGCACAACACCGGAGGAAAUCAUUGUGAACAUUGCCGUGAUGGAUUCUUUGGUGAUGCCCUGCAUCAGGACUGUCGACAAUGCAACUGUGAUGUCCUGGGGACAAAUCAGACAAUUCAGCAUUGCAAUCGGGUUUCGGGUCAAUGUCCUUGUUUGAAAAAUGUCGAUGGAAUACGAUGUGACCAUUGCAUUGAAAAUCAUUGGAAGAUAGCAAGCGGUGAGGGUUGUGAAGCGUGCGAUUGUGAUCCUAUCGGAGCAGAAUCUAACCAAUGUAAUCCGUAUGAUGGACAAUGUAAGUGUAAACCUGGAUUCGGUGGACGCCGUUGCAACCAAUGUGAGACCAACUUCUGGGGAGAUCCAAAUGUUCAGUGUCAUCCUUGCGAUUGCAACCCCUAUGGAUCCGCUCAUUAUCAAUGCGAUCGUGAAACCGGCCAGUGUGUAUGCCAGCGUGGUAUUGGUGGCUAUAAAUGUGACCAAUGUGCCCGUGGAUUCUUUGGCGAGGCACCAUCCUGUUCCGAGUGUGGUGAAUGUUUCGAUAAUUGGGAUGGCAUCCUGAAGAACAUUGAAGCAGAAACCAAAGAAGCAAUUGAACGUGCCAAACAGAUUCAGCAUAUUGGAGCAACGGGCGCCUAUUCCAGUGAAUUCAAUGCCAUGGAAGAGAAAAUCAGAACCAUUCAGCAACUUUUAGAUAAUACCACAGUUGGCAUGCAAGAUAUUGAGCUAUUGAAUGAUCGGGUUUCUGACCUGACAAAACACUAUCAAAACACCCGUAAAAACUGGGGAGAAGUGGACGGAACAUCACAGGAACUCUAUUCCACUAUCAACUUAGCAGAAGUAAAGAUCUCUUCCUUGAAAGACCAGAGUGGCGUCCUUAAGUCUAUGGCGGACGCUUUGAAAGGGAACAAGACUGAACUGCAGGAAGGUAUCAUAGAUGGCGCCUUGAACUUGACGCGUACAGCCCUGGAUCGUUAUCGAGCUCUAGGAUCAGUCAAAGCUGAAACGGAUGAACUCAAUGCGAACGCAGAACGCCAGUGCAAACGAACAGAAACGCUAUUCGAACGAAACAAGGAAGAGUUCGACCGGCUUCUUAAGGAUAACGAUGAUUCCAUAGACAAGUACCGAGCACUGUUGAACGAGCUGAGUGCUGAAAUACCAGAUCUCAACAACGAUGUAUGCGACGGACGAGGCGAUCCUUGUGAUAGUUUAUGCGGAGGUGCAGGAUGCGGAACCUGUGGAGGCCUAGCAUGUGAAAAAGGAGCUUUAACAAUAGCUGAAAAAGCUUUGAGUAUUGUUAAGGAAACCGAAAAGAAGAUCAAGGAAAAGAAGGAGAUCGCUGACAAUUUGAUAAGAUCCUUGGCACAAGCUAAAGCCAAUGCUUCUGAGGCGUUUACUACAGCCAAGUCCGCACAUUAUGACACCGAACUUUACCUCAACCGCACUAACGACUUCAUCAAGCGAGGUACUGAAUCUCUAACUGCACUCUCCAAUAUUCUCAACGACGAGACAGCAUCAAUUGACGAAAUUAAAGAGCUUGCUGAAAAAACUCUUAGGUCGGAUCUGCACUUGGAUCCUCAGGCAAUUGACGUUCUUGGGAAGAAAAUAGCCGAAGUGGUGUUAUCAUUGGAAAAUGUCGAGUCAAUUAUUCAGAAUACGCGACAAGAUCUGGAUCGAGUGGACCAAUUGAAAUUGAAAGCAAAUCAAACUAAGCAAGAAGCUGACGCUGUUCUCGAAGUAGCAAAUGAAGUGGUUAAAGCGCUAGAUGAAGCCCAAAUUGCCCAGGAUAAAGCACAGGAAUCGAUCACAAAAGCUGAGAAUGAUAUAAGCUUGGCGAAAGAGGAUUUGUCCAAGAUUGACGCCGAAACCAAACAAGCUGCUGCUCCGGCUAAUGAAACUGCAACGAGGGUUGAUCAACUAGUCACCAAAAUCAAUAAGCUGAAAAAGAACGCAGCCAAGAACGAGCAUGAUGUUCGCAGUAUUCAGCAACAAUUGAAACUUGUCGAACAAGACUCUGUCAAUGCUCACGAAUUGGCCUUUAAACUGCAACAGUCCUUCGGAGAGGCCAAUAAAACCCUAAACUUAAGGGCUUCGACUUCCACUAUAGCUCGUGAACGGGCACAGCAGCUGCUGAAGCGCGCCUCUAAGCUGACCGUCGAUACUGAUGAGAAAUUGAAGGAACUUCAAGGUAUGGUCAACGUAUACGACGACAAAGUGAAUCGAUUGAACGAGUUACAAAACACUAUCAACUCCCUCUCAGAGCAAAUGGAGACCCAUUUGGAGAAAAUUUCAUCCGAUGCCUCAAGAUAUCGCAUUUGCACUACCUAAUCGAAUCUUUACCUAAGUCCAAUACUUUACAUAAUUCAUAUAUCGACGUAAGUCGACUUGAAAAAAAUUGAUAUUCACUGAAGAAAAAAAUUGAACCAUGAAUCUUCCAAUAACGACAAAACGAACAAAAACAAAGGAAAUCAAAUUUCCCAGAAAUACUGUGCCAAAUCAAUCAAUAACAUGGCUUAGACUAUCAAAACUCAGACUUUCUAUUUUUUAACACUCAUAUUCAGCCCUGAUUCCUUCCUUGCCUUGUCUAUAGACACGAGGUUCUUUCUACCUAAAAAUCUAAGAUUGUAUCUAAAAAAACAAAAAAAACCCGUUUUAAUUUGCGAAUAUCUUAUCUCGGGAACCAGUUUUUCCUUUCAUCAGUGCCAGUUCUUCCUGGUCUAAGCCAUCAAAUUUCUAAAUCAUUAUUAAUUUUAAUAGUAGACUUAAUGCAUCGUCGUCAAUUGUCUCCUCUUUCACUGCCAGGAUUAAGUCAGCAUUAAUAGAUAAAAAAAAAUAGAAAAGGACAAUGCUAAGCCUGCCAUCUAGCGAAUAACUUCUAUACACUUCCAGCAUUUCAAUCUAAAUCUUUCUUUGAACAUUUUUAAAAUUUUCGUGCUCGUACUUAAAAGCAGUCUCGUGUCAUUUUAAGGAUUUCAGAACCCAAAAAAGUAUCUAAAGGUUCGUAUUUGGACAACCCCCAAGAACAAACUAUUGGGCGCGAGCUAUGAAAAAGAUAAUAUUCGUUCUAGUAAUGUAAAUUAUUUCGUUUUUUUUUAUAUUUUUAAUCAGCCUGAAGCUCAUUUGAUUACAAUAUGCUUCCAGGGAAUAAAUGAGUAAAAUCUCCGCUUUAUAAUCUAACACAUGCAUUUCAAAUGAAACUUAGUUAUGUAGUAGUGCAUUGUAAAAUAUACACGCCAUACUCGUUGAUAGAAAUAAAUUUGAACACUUACAAGAAAUAAAA